AUGGAUGGUAAGGACCCCCUCUGGUAUUCACAUUACAUCUCUGAUUUGGACCAUCAUGACCUGUCUUCACUGCAAUCCAACUUGGGGCUAGACGCCACAUAUGAGCUUCGCCUUCCCAUGACAGACGAGCAUCCCUCUUCUCCUCCCGAAGGGUUUAUCACAGUCUUUAAGGAUCAGGUCGUAGGCUGUCUUCGCUUCCCUUUACAUCAUUUUCUCUCUGAGUUGAGUCAGUAUUGCGGGAUUGGUAUCUCUCAACUGUUCCAUCACUUCUAUUCUUUCCGGCGAGCCGAGGCGGGGGUAUUCAACGUCCAGGCCAAGCCGGGCCAGAAGCUCUUCGAUGACCUACCCUCUUCCAAUAAAGGCUGGAGAUCUCGCUUUUUCUUCCUCAAACCCCCUUCCCCCUUAACAGGGCCUUCUCAAUGGCGUUCUUUCUCCGCUUCGGACCUCCCUUCACAUGUUCACGAACCUGCCUGCUCCGCAGCUGCGGUUAAGCUAAGUGGUGUUGUUGUUCGCCUGUCUGUGUUGAUGCUAGAAGGCAUUCUGCACGCUUUUGGUCUUAGUCCUGUCCCUACCGAAAUUGGAGCUCCUUUUGUGCCCGCAAUCCUCCGUUCCUUCGCCAGUCAAGAGACACCCGCGGUGGCCGUUCUACAAACUCUGAAUGAGGAGCUAACACAAGGUCUACCUUCUGCUCCCGCCGUCGCCGGUUUACAACUUUCGGAACCCCGGACUUCUGAGGCAGAGGACGCCCCGAUGCUUAUUGAGCCACCAGCUCUCAGCCUUGCAGACUCAGCCCUACCCCGCAUCGCUGAUCAACCUGCGGCCGAGCCAUCGCCCGCAAAGCCAGUGUCCUCUCUCCCGCCAACUAUGAAGCUGCGCCUUAUGCGCAAGGGCAAGAGAACAGCCCCAGCCACCGCAACUUCUCCUCCACCUCUCCGCCGUCAACGCGUAGAGAAGGCCUCUGAUCUGGAGGUGACAGACCCACCAUUGGACCUGGCCGUCCUGGUGACAGCCCAGAAUAUACUACCUGCCCCGCCUUCGUCCUCCGGCGAUCAGCCCCCGGACUUACUGCUGCCCUCCGCGUCUCCUCCUCUCGCGCCUCCGAGCUCCGCCACGCCGACCCCGAACCUGCCCUCUACAGACCCAGCCUUCGAAGCGUUAUGGAGGCUCCCCUCGGAGACCGAUCUGGCCUGUACGCCUGCUGCCGACUCAUCGCCUAUCUUCGGUAGGGUCAACUUCUAUGGGGACCUGGCCAUCUCCUGGCAAUCAGCCAGCCAGCAGUUCUGGGAGAGCGGUUCUCCUUUGGGGGAAUUCGAUCAAAUUGCUCGUUCCCUGGUCGCGACCUGCUCCGCGAGUCUGAGCGCCGUGCAACGAGCGACCGAGCUUCAGCGAGAGAACGCGGCGCUCAAGGCACGUCUUCAGGAACUUGAGCACCCUGCGGCUUCCUCCGCUCCUCCUGAACCUUCUCUGGGAAGCUUGGAUGCCUAUUUGCGUGCCGUCGGGGAGUCGGCGACCUCUGCUCGGGCCAUUUCCCAUGCUGCCUUUGAUAAACUUCAACAGCUGGAGGCGGCUUUGAAGACAAGUGAGUCUUCCCUGGCUUCUGAAGUGGAUCGUCGUCAAGCGUCAGUCUCUGAGCUGAAAGACAAAGAGGCAGAGCUGCUCUCCCAAUCAGAGGAGUUGACGCUACUUCGGCAAGGUCAAGAGCUCUUGCAAAUGAGGCUGGCCGAUGCCCAGGCCCUGGCUAGUGUUGCCGCUGCCCGAGAAACAACCAUGCGUGCCAAGUCACUCUCCAAUCCUUGCAAGCGGAUCUCUUGA